UAUGUUCUAACCAUUAGUGUACAUGCGCGUACUAAAAGAUCUGUCAAACGAACGAGCUAUAUUUGCAUUCUUCUACUUUGUGAUAUUCGUAGUGUUUUUAGAUUGUACAAAAUCAUGUAUAAAAUAUCGUAGUGCUCAUUUCCACACGACGUUAGUUGGUUUUCUCGUACUUUAUCGUAAUUUGUCACUUUCAAUAUUCAAUGUUUGUCACAUAAUGAAGGUAUUAAAUGUAUAAAACAUGAAUUAGAAAUGUCAAAGUACGCGUCAUUGAGUUCGUUAACACGGAUUUUUGGGCGGUCUAAGAUAUAUACCUAUUAAUCGGAGCAGAAAGAAAGCGAUAUUUCGGUGAUAUCUUCUUACGCUUAAUUCUAUAUAUUAUAUCUCGUUGAUAUUGAAAAAUUUCGAAAAAACAACGAACUUAUUAUUCUGUCACACAUUUUGCAAGUAACUUGUGUAAUAGUUUAAAAAUGUAAAAUAACCUUCAACGAAUUUUAUGCUAAUUUAUAUCUUUAAAUAUUGUUCGAUCACAUUAUGUAGUAAUGUAAAAAAGUAUAAGUUUUAUAUCAGAUUUGAGCAAAAUAAUUAUUAACUUGAAUUCAUGUUCAAUUUAGUUGCAAAGGUGAUCAACUUACUAUAAUUAGAUAUAGUAUUUUUUUUUCAUACGUAAGAUAGGUAUGUUUAAAGAGCUCUUUUAGCACAAAAAUCAACAUGGUGCGUGUAAUCACAGUACAUAAUUUUCUGGGGCAAAAUAUCACUCAAAUUGAGGAGCCAACUGCAAGCUGUAUAGCAAAUGCAUCUGGACAUGAAAUGCUACUCCUAGCAUUGUCAACUCAUUGCGUCGAAGUUUGGGAAUUGAUGAUAUCUGAUAUUAAACUACAUACGGUUUUUCCAACAGUUGAUAUGAUUAAUCAAAUGGUGCACUGUACCAAAGAAGAUUAUGUUGUAACGUUAGAAUCAAAAUUAUCUAGAGAUGCAAGCAUUAAUAAUCAUACAGGGAAAACAAUUAAUAAUUUUGUUAGAAUUUAUGUUAACUGGGCUAUGGUAAAAGAUCAAAGUCAACCUAUGCGUGCUAGAAUAGCUGGGCGUGUUACUCCAAGUUUAAAUCGACCAUUGAAUAGCUUAGAAAUGAUAGAGUUGCCAUUAAAUAUGCAACCUACACUCAUUGCUUGCUGCCAAAGUACUGGCAACCUCCUAGUGGCUUCCGGAAAUAGUGCUAUUUUACAUGAAUUUAAAAUUGAAACACAGCAAGUAUCAAAGAUGAAGUUUAUAGAUUUUGAGGCUCGACCAUGGUCCUUGGGCUUUUCAUUUUCUCCUACACACAUGGAAAUUGUUGAAGAUUUUAUAUCAAUUAUGGAUAAAACAAAUUUAUGUGUUUUUCGAUUGACUAAUUCAAUGUAUGAAGAUAUUGAUCAAUUGAGUUCUCUAACUUCCACAAACUCUUCAUCUAUUGAUAAAACAUCUAUAUCCACUGAUUCCUCUCUUGUGGAAAACAGUAAUAAUACGACUAAUCAAGAUGAUAACACAAUAUUGCAAGGAAUAAAUUCAAAAUGUAAAAGUUCUAGUCAAGAUCUGCACUUUAUUGUAUCAGAAAACAAUGAUUCUAGUGGAACAAGUACAAAAUUUAAAGGUAGGAGGCAUAGAAGUUCCAAAACAAGUAUAUGGAGUAAACUGGAGACAGGAGAUUUCAGAAAAAUAAAAUCUAAUAAUAAUGACACUGUUAUAAAUUUGGAUCAUUUAGUGUAUAAUGAAAGGGAUGAAUUACAAAGAUUAAUUGAUCAAGAAGUUAUAGAUGGAUAUUCACAACCCUUGACUAUAAAUUUACCAUCUAUAAGUUUGGAAAGAGCAGGACCUGGGCAUGCAUUAAGUCCUUUCGUAUUAAACCCAUCAGAAAUAAGGAUUAUAAUUAAAACGAAUUCUCCUGAUUUAGGAUGGUCGGAAAAUUAUACAAUAAAAAAUUUAUUGUCUCUUAAAGUAAUGGCAGCUAAUAAUAAACUUGAUGGAAGUUCUGAACUGUUCAGCUGCUCUUUAUUGAAGCCAUUAUACAUGAGGAAGGAGUGUAAUACUUCUUGUCUAAAAAAAUCAAUCCUCAGAUCAGAUAAAUAUACAUAUUUGCAGGGCGUAAGUUGCUUCUUAUGCACACUGCAAGAAGGAUAUCUUUAUCAUUUCUCUGCUACUAGCUCAAAUCCUACAGAUGCAACUUGUUUAACUACUUAUCCAUUUACUGCACCUGUUAAUCAUGUAGCUUUAGAGCAUACUGCUUUGCAUGCAUUGACUGAAGCUGGUCUUGAAUCUUACACUCUACGUUUAUCUCAUCAUGUUGCUAGAAUGUCUAAUGAUAUAGAAAAUGUAAGAGUUACAUGCCCUAGUGUUUCUGAGCCUGUUUGUUUAAUAGGAUUAAGGCCAUUUCUGGGGAUACAGAAAUUAUUACAUAGCAAAAAUUAUCUAAUCCUCUUAGCCAAAGCAGAAAACUCUUGGACUUUAUAUUCUUUAAUUUUACCUAAAUUGGAGAAUUUGUAUUACGAUGUUUUAAACGCAGCGAGGAGUCAUAAAUCUUCUAGUCCUAGCACAUACCGACAUUUGUUAGGGGAAGCUCAUGCUUUGAUACGUUUAGCUAAAGACGCUGUGUAUAAUUGCUCAGACAUUAAUGAAUUUGAUGAUAUCGCAAAUAAAAAUGGAUUGAAAUUGAAGAACUUGUAUAAUCAAUCAUGCGCGCUGCUUGGAGACUAUUAUAUUCGUUCCGAAUAUGACUCAGAUUGGGAUUUCUGUAUACCCUAUUAUAAAAUGUCGGGUUUAAAACCUUCAGAAGUAUUAUCUAGGAAAUCGAGUCAAGAUGCACCGGGUCUCGUUACGUUUUUGACUGAUAUACUUUUCACGAUGAAAAGUGGUCCGGAAGCAGAUGCCUUGUUCCAAGGAUUUAAUAUUGUAGAAAUAAUAUGUAAAUUAAAGAAACCAGACUUAUUGAAAUUGAUUUUCAGUAGUCCCGUAUUACGAGAAUAUACUACAGAAAAACUAAUACAUCUUUUGUUAUUAUAUGAAACGGACGAAUUAGUCAAGUUAGCUUUGGCACUCUUAUACAUACAAGCUGAAAAACAAGAACAAGCAGAGAAAGUACUUGAACCAGUCUCAGCAUUAUGUGUCAAGAAAAUAGUUUUAGAACAUUGGGACCUGUUGUUUGAUAUGACGGCGAUGAAAAAGAGAAGUCCAAUGAUUCCUACGUUUUCAGAUUUCGCUGGAACGUUAAUGCGUCAGAAAAAUUCAACCUUUGCUGAAAUUCUAAUACAAUUAAUCGAAGAGGAUGGAAUCCUAUCUCUUCAUCAAAUUAUACAGGUGUUUUUAGAAUAUUUACCAUCAAGAGUAGGACGAGAUGGGCAUAAUGCGGCAAUGACAUUACAAGUAUUUCUCGAAAAAUAUCUUCACAACUACUUUAGUACAAAAUUGAUUAUAGAUUCGUCUGUUAUAAAUAAAAAUCAAAUACGUACGGAUUUCGCUUUGGUUGAAGCUUUUAAGCUAUUAGUACGAUCAUACUUAGGCAAGUUAACACAAACAAAAGUGUACAAAAUAGAAAAUAAAGAAAACGUACAAGAAAAUUAUGAUAACUUCAUAUUUGUGAAGUUUAGACCUCAUUAUUUAAACGGGAUGCCACCGUAUGCGAAAGAUUAUCAAAAAGUUUUGAAUGUGAGCGAUCUAAAAGAUUUAGCUGAUAUCGAUAAGACUGACUCUGAAAAAACUAUACCAACGGAAUUGUUUAAAUUACAGUCUGUAUUAUCUUGUGAUUUUAUACCAAAUGAGUGCUUAUAUGAAGUUAAGCAAUUUCUUGAAACACAAGAGAUUGAUGGCAGUUUAUCUUUAAAAGCGUUGUGCAUUCAAAAUACUGAAGAAACAACAACACUUUUAAUGGAUAAUUGUCCUCAAGCUGUUGUGCAAUAUGCAAAGGACAUAUAUACUAAAGAUUCUGAAUGGAAGUAUUUAAUUGAGUUAACGCAAAAUAAGAUUGCUGUAUCGAACUCUCGACAAGAAUUGCAGUGUUUAUACACGCAAAUUAUGAAAGCAAUUUUGAAUUAUCUACCACAUACGUUGUCCUUAAAAAGUUUACAUCGUGUUCUUCCAAAAGAUGAUGUAAUAACAUUUCAAAAAUGCAGUGAAAUGUGUAAUCAAAUUAUGCACGCUGAACAUGUUAAAUCUUUAAUAAUAGAAACUGGACAACAACUUUUAUCGACUUUAAAAUUGUGAGCGCUAAUUUCUACUGAUCAAUUUUAUCGUCAUUUGAUGAUAGCAUAGGUCCAAUUUUAAUUAUAAAGAAAAAAAAACAUAUGAUCUAAAUGCAACAAAAAAUUGUGUUGCACGAAAAUUAUACAUUCUAGAGAAAAUAGAUUCGAAACAAAUUGUACUUAAUCUAAUUUGUUGAAAACGAUACUUUUUCAUAUGGCACGACUUUGAUAAAUUAUAACUUUUUGCUUAAAAUUACUUGGCGUUUAACGUAACUAGUGACUUUCUAUCUCUGUGAUCACAUUUCAGAUACUUUUUUCAUUUAUAUAGGUGUUUUUUCUUAUUGAAUAUAACUAUAAAUUUACAAAUCGUUAUUGAAUAUACUCAAUCAUUUGUAUAAUAUUUUUAAAAGUACACAUUUAUUUUAAUGCAAUUAUUUAAAAUGCUCGAUCUUGAUUAAAAUCUUGGUCGUGCACAAGAUUUUUUAUGGAUAAGAAGUUGUAUUAUAUAUAACAAAUUGUCAGAAACUAAAGACAAAUACUAUAGAUAAAAUUAAUUCACCUAUUAUUGAUUGUUGAAAUGUUCUAUAUAGAUAUAUUGUAUUAUAUCUAGACGUAUGUUAUCUUUCCCUUAGCUAAUGAAAUAGUUGAAUCAUAAUUAUGAAAAGUUUAUACAGAGAACCAAGCAUAUAGAUAUUAAAAUUUUACAAUGUUAUAUAUAAUAUUUAACGUAAUAGAUUGCUUUGUACACUGAACUAAGAAAUUUUGUAGUAACGAUCAUUGUAUUUUUGACUGCUGUUUGAAUAUUUCUAAGAAUUUGUUAAAAAUUGUUUAUAUUUUAACCGCUAAGGGCGGGGUGGCAUGUGUUUAGGAAAUCACGUACUGCUAAGGUAGUUACUUUUUAUUAUAUUUGUUGAUCCUAUAAUGUAUUUUCAUCACUUUCUGAAUGUUACAUUAUAUGUGACUUUAAUGUGCCUUUAGGAUUAAUUUCUCUUUGUUACAAAUGUAAUAUAAUUAUGUUAGAAGUGAUCUAUGAUAUUUAUAAAUUAUAAAGAAAUAAUACAUAGCUGUAACUCAUA